GUAUGUGCGUGUGUGCGUGCGUGCGUGUGUGUUUUUGGAUUUCAUACUAAUUUUCUGGAGUUUCUGCCCCUGCUCUGCGUCAGCCCUCACGUCACUUCGCCAGCAGUAGCAGAGGCGGCGGCGGCAGCGGGUUAGAGCCCAGUUGCUGCUGCUGCUGCUGCUGCUGCUGCUGCUGCUGCUGUUGCUGCUGCGCUCUGAUCCCUGCGCUUGGGGCCGGAGGCCGGGUGAGCCUCACGGACAGUCCUCGGUGGCCUCGGCCGGCACUGUCCCUCUGCCGCAGUUGCUCCCCAGCCCUGAGGUGCGCACCGAUAUCCGUGCCGGUUUAGCGGUUCUACGACCCAAAGAGUCCAGGGAGAUCCACCGUGUGGUGUCUGGCGUGUAGGACCAUGCAGCCGCCCUGUGGCUUGGAGCAGCGGCCCGCGAUGUCCCGGCCACUGUGAACCCUUUGGCCUGCGCCAACCUGCUCAACCCAGACAGGCUCAGUCUCUGGUACGCUCCACUCCACGGGAGGCCACCGGCACCGAGCAGCAAGAGGGCGCAGGAAAGGCCUCCCCCCUCCGGCGGGGGACGCCAGGCUCAGCGUAGGGACAAGCACUCCGACUGAUUGGCACUGGCGGCGAGGGAUGUCGCCCUGGCCGAGGUGGCAUGGACCCGCCAUGGCGCGGCUCUGGGGUUUAUGUUGGCUGGCUGUGGGCUUCUGGAGGGCCUCUCUCGCCUGCCCCAUGUCCUGCAAAUGCAGUGCCUCUAGGAUCUGGUGUACGGAGCCUUCUCCUGGCAUCGUGGCAUUUCCAAGGUUGGAACCUAACAGUGUCGACCCGGAGAACAUCACUGAAAUUUUCAUCGCAAAUCAGAAAAGGUUAGAGAUCAUCAACGAAGAUGACGUGGAAGCUUAUGUGGGGCUGAGAAACCUGACAAUUGUGGAUUCCGGAUUAAAAUUUGUGGCGUACAAAGCCUUUCUGAAAAACAGCAACCUGCAGCAUGUGAAUCUCACACGAAACAAGCUGACGAGUUUGUCUAGGAAGCAUUUCCGCCACCUUGACUUGUCUGAGCUGGUCCUGGUGGGCAAUCCAUUCACGUGUUCCUGCGACAUUAUGUGGAUCAAGACUCUCCAAGAGACGAAGGGCAGCCCAGACACGCAGGAUUUGUACUGCCUCAAUGAAAGCAGCAAGAACACCCCCCUGGCAAACCUGCAGAUACCCAAUUGUGGUCUACCAUCUGCACGUCUGGCUGCCCCUAACCUCACUGUGGAGGAAGGGAACUCUGUCACCCUUUCCUGCAGUGUGGCAGGUGACCCACUCCCCACACUGUACUGGGACGUUGGGAAUUUGGUUUCCAAACACAUGAAUGAGACGAGCCACACGCAGGGCUCCUUAAGGAUCACGAACAUUUCCUCUGAUGACAGCGGGAAGCAAAUCUCUUGUGUGGCAGAAAACCUGGUGGGAGAAGACCAAGAUUCCGUGAACCUCACCGUGCACUUUGCACCGUCCAUCACAUUCCUCGAGUCUCCAACCUCAGACCACCACUGGUGCAUCCCGUUCACUGUGAGAGGCAACCCCAAGCCCACGCUCCAGUGGUUCUAUAAUGGGGCGAUACUGAACGAAUCCAAAUACAUCUGCACUAAAAUCCAUGUGACCAACCACACGGAGUACCACGGCUGCCUCCAGCUCGACAAUCCCACUCAUAUGAACAACGGAGACUACACUCUGAUGGCCAAGAACGAGUAUGGGAAGGACGAGAGACAGAUUUCCGCCCACUUCAUGGGCCGACCUGGAAUUGAUUACGAGACAAACCCAAACUACCCUGAAGACCUCUACGAAGACUGGACUGUAGCGACUGACAUCGGGGAUACCACAAACAAAAGCAAUGAGAUCCCUUCCACUGAUGUUGCUGAUCAAAACAAUCGGGAGCAUCUCUCGGUCUAUGCUGUGGUGGUGAUUGCGUCUGUGGUGGGAUUCUGUCUGCUGGUGAUGCUGCUUCUGCUCAAGUUGGCAAGGCAUUCCAAGUUUGGCAUGAAAGGUCCAGCUUCUGUCAUCAGCAAUGACGAUGACUCGGCCAGCCCGCUCCACCACAUCUCCAACGGGAGUAAUACUCCAUCUUCUUCAGAGGGCGGUCCUGAUGCUGUCAUUAUUGGAAUGACCAAGAUUCCUGUCAUCGAAAACCCUCAGUACUUUGGCAUCACCAACAGCCAGCUCAAGCCAGACACAUUUGUUCAGCACAUCAAGAGACAUAACAUCGUUCUGAAGAGGGAGCUCGGGGAAGGAGCCUUUGGGAAAGUAUUUCUGGCAGAAUGCUACAACCUCUGUCCUGAGCAGGAUAAGAUCCUGGUAGCCGUAAAGACGCUGAAGGACGCCAGUGACAACGCCCGCAAGGACUUCCACCGUGAAGCUGAGCUGCUGACCAACCUCCAGCAUGAGCACAUUGUCAAGUUCUAUGGCGUCUGUGUGGAGGGCGACCCACUCAUCAUGGUCUUUGAGUACAUGAAACACGGAGACCUCAACAAGUUCCUUAGGGCACACGGGCCGGACGCGGUGCUGAUGGCGGAGGGCACUCCGCCCACUGAGCUGACGCAGUCUCAGAUGCUUCACAUUGCUCAGCAAAUUGCAGCCGGCAUGGUCUACCUGGCGUCCCAACACUUUGUGCACCGUGACCUGGCCACCCGGAACUGCCUGGUAGGGGAGAACCUGCUGGUGAAAAUUGGUGACUUUGGCAUGUCCAGGGAUGUGUACAGCACCGACUACUAUAGGGUCGGUGGCCACACGAUGCUGCCUAUCCGCUGGAUGCCUCCAGAGAGCAUCAUGUACAGGAAAUUUACCACGGAGAGCGACGUCUGGAGCCUGGGUGUCGUGUUGUGGGAGAUCUUCACCUACGGCAAGCAGCCCUGGUAUCAGCUAUCAAACAACGAGGUCAUAGAAUGCAUCACCCAGGGCCGAGUCCUGCAGCGGCCUCGCACAUGCCCGCAGGAGGUAUACGAGCUGAUGCUAGGAUGCUGGCAGCGGGAGCCACACAUGAGGAAGAGCAUCAAGGGCAUCCACACCCUCCUCCAGAACUUGGCCAAGGCAUCGCCCGUCUACCUGGAUAUCCUAGGCUAGGGCCCUUCUCCCCAGAUCCGCCCUUCCCGAUGCACUCCUCGGACUGGCCGACACGACGAACCUCUUACCUGCCGCUGGGUGUCCUGACCUUGCUGUCCUUCGUUGUUCUGACAGUAUUAACAAGACAGGGAGCGGCUUUCGGAGGGAAGCAGUGUGCACUUCUCCAUCCACAGACAGUGUUAACUCGCUUUUGGCAUUGUCUCUUUCUCUCUCCCACAUCUCCUUUGGUUUCUUCCUUUCUUUCGCCCUUUCACCUUUUACUUUGGGUCUUCCCUGCUUCGUGAUCCUCAGCCUCUCUCCUUGAUCAAUCUGGCUUCUAUAUUCCUACUGACUGUACAUAGACAAAGGCCUUAAACAAAACCCUAAUUUGUUAUAUCAGCUGACACUCCAGUUUGCCCUCCAUAACUAGCAAUGCCUUGUUGUACUCCUGCCUUCGAUGUGGAUGAAAAAAGGGAAAGCAAACAUCUGACUUAAAGCGCCACUUCCAAUGAACAGACACGGGCAUUUCUGUGGAUUCACCCCUAUUUAUUUAUUUAUUUAUUUAUUUAUUUAUCUAUUUGUUUAUUUAUCUUCUUGUUUUCUGAUGGCUUUAGCCUGUGUGUAAAGGGAAAGUUGUAUACAGUCUAGGGAGAUGUUACUGUGGGAGAUGAGAUCUAGAGAGAGAAAGAAGAAGUGUGGCUAUAAACUACAGUACGACCAGAACAGAGACAGCCAACGGGAUCAUCUGGGGUCAGCUCCUGCUGAGGAAAACCCCACAACCAUGAGCUGGGAGGAGCAUGUUCGGCACCGUCCCCUGAGGACCUUCCUGAGGAGGAAAGAGGGUGUUGAACUCUGCACCGUGGACGGAGUUUCCAGGCACAGAUAUGGCCUGCAAUGGAACGUAAAGAUGGCCUCCGUGGGACCCAGACAGCACAUCGCGCAUUCUCACGGCACAUUGUGGUCAGGCACGGUGACAGAGUUGACGCCUUCCUCAAGGGUUACCUACCAAACUUUGUCAAGUUCAGUUGAAAAGAGGGAGAUUUUUGCUCAGAUAUUAUUUCUGGGUCAGAUGGGAAAAUCUGAGUCCUGGAAAAUGACAGGAAGCACUCUCAAUUCCGAGGCACGUUUCUCUUACCUUGAACUUUUCAGACAUUUCCCUCCAGCCCCAACCCUUCACUCUCACCUGCCUUUUAACUGUGCAAAAAAAAAAAAUGUGCAUGGUCUUUGUCAAUCAACACCUAUGUGCAGAAAGUACCGCUCCAGUCGUGGUGCCCCAUGGGUAGGGCAGAGCCAUAGAAGGUCUGACGUAUGCAACUUAGGGAGGGGGCGAGACCAGCAGCUGAAAGCAUGUUGCUGCGGUUGGUGGUGAUGGGUUUGCCCAGCAGGGAUGCUGAUGCCUGGGUGUCUUCAUCCACCUCAGCCCCACAGCAGCGUGGGAUGGGACAGGCGGAUCCAUCCCUGAGGGGAAGAAAAUCUCUUUUGGGGACAGCACCAGAGUUCACAUUUAGUGUCCGGGUCAAGUCUUUUGCUCUGGGCUCUGUUUGGGAGAGCGGUUCACUCCUACGUACUCAUUGUCAGUGUGCUGUUUUGUUAUCUAUACUCCAUUAAAAAGUUAAAAAAAAAGGGGGAAGAAGAAGGAGAAGAAGGAGAAGGAAAGAAAAAACCUGAAAAAUCUUUGCAGUUUGACUGAUGGGAGACUAUGCCCAGACUGAGCCUGGAAAUACGCUUUUGAGUAUGAUUAUGGGUUUUACUAAGAGAAAGUGCAAAUUUAAGUAGAAAUUUACAGUUACUAGGGCAGUCAGUUAGACUGAGGGAAAACAGCAUUUCCGCUUCUCUGUCCCCCUCUGUGAGGGGAAGUUUGAUAAACUUGACAUCUUUGUUACAUGAGCCAGAUUGGAAGAGGGUGAUUGAAUUCACCUUAGCGCACUUCUUUGGAGUUUAUUUCUGAAGAUGCCAGAGCUCUGGGUAGGUUUCGUUUGUGCCCACUAAUUUCUGGAGCACUGUGUUUCCUAAUAUAGACUUUGAAAGCAGGUUCUCAAAAUAAAUAAAUAAAAAUGAUAAAAUAAAAACCUCAGUGUAAAUGAACAGAGACCAGGAAGAGAUCCAGUGGGCCCGCUCAAGGGAGGGGUCGCAUAAAACAGACGUUAUCUAGGGUCCUUUCUGUGGUACUGGCCCAUGAGAGAUGGGAGUCAUUUGUCCUCUUUGUCCAUGAGAAACCCCUCCAGGAUACCUAUCCUAAUAUAUCGAAAGCCAUAUCUCUGUGAUAUAUACAGGCAGGUAUAUAUCCUAUAAAGGACCUGUGGUACUGUCACAACACUGUGGAGCUGUGGCGCUGCGAAGCUAGGACAGAUGGGUAUAUCCACGCUGUUCUAGAUUCCUAGGACAGAUGGGUAUAUCCAUGCUGUUCUAGAUUCCAUCAGCGAUGACCAGAGAACUUGCACAGGUCUGUCUCUGCGAGUCAGACCAGUCGCCCCGGGAGAAAAAGCUGCAAGUUGCUCAGCAGACAGCCGAGGAGAUGGCCCCGGGAAGAACCAAUGUUAGGGAAGCCUUGCAGGUUUACAUCAAAGGUCUGCAGUGAGAACAGGGAAGCAUUCCAUUUGAGUUCAGUGUUUUCCUUGGCAGGAAAAAAAAGCAAAAGAGAGAAAGACAGAGAGGAGAAAGAGAGAGUCCUUAUACUGCUUUGACAAGUCCCCGAAGGUCUUAAAAUGAAAGUGUCUAUGCAAGCGCAAAAUUUUAUAGUUAUUUAUACUGAUUAUUAUUAUUAAUAAUAAUUAUUAUUAGUCCUUCUGUUGUCUCAAGAACAUGUGCCGAUGUCAGAGCAUUGCAGAACAUCUGCUGGCUUUUUAAGUAGUUGGAUGAGCCGAGGACAUAACAUCUUAAAAUAGUUAUCAUUAUUCAUCUACUACUCCCUUUCUUAUGGUAUUUUAAUUUUUAGAAAAGAAACAUUCUUGCUCUAAAAUGUAUCCCUCUCCAAACAGGACAAGCACGGUGGUAGCGACCCAAAUUCUCCAUCCCGAACCCUGUCUGGCAUCCACUCCAUUUCCAAACCCUUGAUGGUUUCUGAGCACUUUUUGCAUGUGUUGGCAAAUUAUUCAUAUUUUUCACGAGGGAAUUGAGACUCAGAAGCUCAGAGACCAUGGGCUUCACCCAAGUCUGCCCCUGGACAUGCUAACACACACACACACACACACACACACACACACACACACACACGGCAUUCAGGAAAAGAGGCGUGCUAGCGUGUCUGUGAAGCAGGAGGGAGGUUAGGACACACAGGAACACACGCAGUCCAAGCAGAGGGGAUUUUCUCUCAUGUGCUUCUGCUCCUGGUGUCUUCUAACUCCCAUGCACUAAAACGAUGUCACAAUCAACCCCCAUCGAGAAAAUGAUACUUCGAACACUGCUCUCGAGGGUUCUAUUGGAAUUCAUGCACACACGCUCAUAUCAGCUCCAUUUGUAGUGUUUUCGUGUACUUAUAUAUAUAUAAAAUAUAUGUUAUAAACACUUGAUUUAUACAUAUACAAAUGCACAUCUGUAGUGUGUUUGUGUGUUUAUGUAUAAACAUAUAGGCACAUGGUAAUAGAAUAAUUAAUUGUAAGUAGGGUGCAAUAUGAAUAAUUUGCUUAAAAUUUGCUAAAUAGCCAAAACUAUCCAAUGUCAUGUGGCAGUUCGUGUUUCCAUUCGCCAUGUGGGUAAGGACUACACCAGUUUUCAACUCCGGGCAGUCCUUCGAUGGAAGAUUUGUUGAAGUCACAAUUCCCUGAGACAACGGACUGAAAAGCCAUCCUCUACGUUCAGUACGCUCUCCGGCUCUCUGCGAAGGGAAAACACAGACAAAUGGUCUCCUUAGGUACAACUUCAGGGGAGGAGACCCUUCCCACUCUGAUCCCCUUCUAGAUGCAGACUGUUGGGAGACCAGUGUCUUGAAGGCCGAUGAGAAAACACCCAAGAACCCACAGCAAGAUGGGCAGCUUGUAGUCACCCCUUACCCACAUGGGGAGAAAGAGCCAUGGUGCGGACAGCGGGAUCCCUGGUCACAGGCUGUCGUGAGCCUGUCCUUUUGCAAAUGGGACUGCCAGCGAUACCUGGCAUUAAGUUAUUGUCUAAUUUCUAAAACUGUCAGCACAGACACAUGCACCCUCAUUCUCCUUCUUGCCUCUUAGAGGAGUUCCACUUCCCAACUUGACCUUAGGUUUGGCCCUGUUAAAGGAAACCUCAUGAGAGGAAUGGCUAACCCAGAUUUCCAACUUUGCAGUUUAAGCCAAUUCUUCGCAACGUGUAACAGGAAUGUAGAGACUCAGGUUGUGAUAGCUCGGACAUGAAUUUCAAUGCUACUGUAAAGAACCGGGUGGGAGGGGCUCACAGGUAAAACAAUAGUGCAGGAGGGCAUAGUUUCUUGCUGUCUGUCUGGGCUCCAUCUCUGCUGCUCCAGUCAAAGGUUCUUGACUGUUCUUCGCUGUGGCACCUUCCCUUCUUUAGACCCUUCGACUUCAUUAAUUUACGUUCUAUUUAUUUAUAAGCUUUCGAUCAUCCAUCACAAACGUGAAGCAAAAAAAAUGACAUACAUGUAAAUGUGUUGCAAGCAAAACACUGUGAAUCUCACAACCACCUCCAAGCAACUAUGCUGCCAUCCUGAUGUGCGUCUCAGGAGACGAGAUGGGAAAAAGACGGUGACGUCAUUUUUGCAGCCUAUGCGUUCUGGGCCAGGUCCACGUUUUUUAUUUUAUUUUUUUAUUCUGUGAGUUAAGAAAAACGAUCCUGAGUCGAGGUUGACUGAACGUCCAACGAGCUAGCCAAAGUAUCAUGAGCUGCUUGUGGCUGUAUGUUAGAGCAGGAGGAAAACCAUGGGCAAUGGAGAAAUUAAAUUUGAUGCAGAGGUCUCUAUCUUACAGCUUGUAUAGCUUACUGUUGCUUAAAAUGUAUACAACAGCUGGAAAUAUUUUCAAUACAAGGUAUUUGAAUUAAAUGUGAAUUUUAAAUAUGUACUCUCUUAAGGAAUGAACAUAUUAUGGCAAAAUCUCUCUCUCCCCGCGUUCCUGACCAACCUGCCUAAAGACAUGGAUGCCUACACUGGCUUCGGCCCCGGACAGAUGUCUGUACAUACCCAGGCCACACACACUCAUCUCAACCUCUCUCUGCACAUGUGCUACCCCUGCAACAGAGACCUGGUGUUUAGAACUCUAUCUUUCAGUUAGUUUAUUUCCCUUUAAUGUGACGUCUCUGUGCCGACUUUUACCGGCUCUCACUUGUUUUUUGCGAUCUAUUUUGAGGUCCAGUGCUUUUCUGAGACUUACUGCAUCUUGGCUGAUUUCAAAGUGACACCUGAAUACAGUGUUUAAAAAAAAAUGUUUGUAAAUCAUGUGACCAGCUUCUCUCAACCUGACAUGGAAUGUCUCUUGUACUACAGUGUAUUUAAUAAAAAAAACAAAUGACGUCUUACAAUAAACAACGCCCUCCACGGGAG